CGGGAUCACUCCGCGAAGUCGUGCUCCGGGUGGCUUCUUCCAUCAAAGUUACCCUGUGAGUUUCUGCUAGCGUCGCGACGGCCGAUCGAUCCGCCGUCGGGUCUUCAGGGAACACCUCGACGAGAGUGGAGGCGGCGGGCGCAGCGUUCAGAAGGUAUCAACAGCGUCUCCUUCAUCCCCAUGUGGCACAGAUAACGAACGCUUCGCUGCUAGACGUCAAAUUUCCCCCAGCUGUGAACCUGCAUUCUGCAUGAUCUAUUAAUAGAGAAAGAUGAGGCGUAACAAUUCACUACUGCAUCUCAACAGAUGAUAGAUCAGUCCGUAGUUGAAUCCCGUAUCUAGCAGGCCAGCGUGAAUGAGGACGGCGGCUCUCUAAAGACGCGAAACAGGCGAAUAUUUUGAUUGGAAGUCACUGAAUAAAAUACAGGACGUUUGGCAAUAUGGGCACUCCUUCAGACAGCCCAGUGGAGGAGGUUAUGUUCGAGAUUGAACCGUCCAGGGUACCGAAGCCUAUACCCGUGGCCUUGGAGGAUCUUUGCAGAUUGACCAAGUUCACCAGGCAGGAAAUUCGGAUCAUGUACAGGGGAUUCAAAACGGAAUGCCCGGAGGGUGUCGUCCAUGAAGAUAGCUUUAAGGACAUUUAUUCGAAGUUUUUUCCUCACGGAAAUUCUAGUUUAUAUGCACACUACGUGUUCAAGGCCUUUGAUGUCAACUGCAACGGGGCAAUUAGUUUCAGGGACUUAUUGAUAUCGCUCUCUACUCUCCUACGUGGGUCGGUAUAUGAAAGACUGCGUUGGACGUUCAAACUAUAUGACGUCAAUGGUGAUGGAUGCAUCAGCCGAGGAGAGCUUUCAGAAAUUGUCGUGGCGGUCCAUGAGCUGAUGGGCAGAAGAGCGCACCAGGUCGAGGACGAUCGCAAAGCCAGAGAACAGAUAGACCGAGUCUUCCGGAAGCUCGACCUCAACCAGGACGGGGUCAUCACCAUAGAGGAAUUCAUGGAAUCGUGCCUAAAAGAUGACGUCAUCACUAGGUCAUUGCAGAUGUUUGACGCGGUGCUAUGAUAAUCGUGGACUUCUUCUUCUUCGACGCUAACUUGCCGGUGAUUCGGCAGAAAGAGGCCUAGGGCAUUGGGACAAACUUUGUGGAAUGGUGUCAGAGGCGUGGGGUUGGGUGGAAAGAUAGGACUAAUGAUUCAGAGGUAUUAACAGGGAGGUUUUUUUGAUACAGGUUGUAAAUUUUGGUCACGUAUUUGAUAGUAAUAUUUUUUUUGAAUAAUUACUUGUCCUUCAGUGAUGCAGUUGAUAAUUGGAAAAUAUUUCUUGUCACUGGUAACGAUCAAAAUCGGGUGGUAGUUUUUCACUUAGACCUUUGCCAGGCCCAAAACUUUUUUCAUAACCCAAAAGAACAAACUGUAAUUUUUAAUAAUUUGUUUUGCAGGCCAAAAGUCGAAAAAAAAAGAAAUUCUUGUACAUAUUUUUGGCAUAAGUUAUUAUAUUAAACGCAUUUGUGUGAUUCAAGUGAUUACGAGUUAAAAGGUCAGCAGAGAAAUAUCAUUGGUAUUACGUGUUUCUACUAUUGAAGAGUCAAUGAAUAAUUAUAAAAUGGAAAUACAUGAUAGUUCAGUUGUGUCCCUUCACUAUGGAUUGGUCAUUUUUAAUUUAUUUCAACGAGAAAAUCAAUACAUUUACUACAUUAUUCAAUAAAGAGGGUAGGGGAUGACGUGGUUGUAUACAGGAUGUUUUAUAAUCCAAGAUUUUCAGUAGAAAAAAUUGAAUAUUUUGACAUUCUCAUUAUUCUUCCUCUUCAUUCAUAAACUCAUCAGUUCUCAUAAUCAAUAUUACCGAGUUACCCAAGUUUCAUUGUCAACUGCUGAGAAUUCGGAAGGUAAUUAAUAAAAUAUUCACCUCUUUCCAUACACAGCCAAAUUCUAAGUGAGUAUUUAACUUUUUUAACCGUUGAUCACGUGUUAAUAUGUUACUCAAACAGAGAAAUGAAAAAUAAUACUUUAUUUUCAAAUUAUUUAGAGGUACCUUCCAUAGAACAUAUCUCAUAUUUGUUUUACAAACGAAUUAUAGUUUGAGAAACCUUCAAAUAUUUAUAUAGUCGAUGUAACGUCAAAAUUAUAUUUGCAUAUUUGAAGCAUGAUAAUGUAUAAACAAAUAGAAACUAAUUCAGAAAUUUGUUGAAUUCGAAAUUGAAUAGAAUAAUGAAAUAUAGUUUUGUAAGUGAAUUAUUUUGUUGUGUUGAACGAUUUUUCAGACAUUAUCAAUUGAAGUCAAAUGUGGUCUCAAGUUCUUAAUCUUCAAGGUAUCAUCAGGAAUGCAAUUGAGUUGGAGUAGUUACGAUAGUUGCAACUUCGCUCUCAUGUUCUGGGGAAGAAAUUCUUGACAAACACAUCAAUCUAUCUAUAACUGAUUAUUUUUCUUCACAGAUUACAAUUUUUUUCUGAUAUUUUUGACUUUGAACGCGGAUUUAUAUUUUUACGAUUUUCAGCUGGGAAAUUCCAACUUUGAACCUAAUUCAUGUAAGAACUAUGAAUAAAUUCAGUUUCACAUUGGGGCUAGGUUGUGUUAUACGGGAUAAUGUCUGAAGUCUGAUUUUUAUGUAGGAAUUUCUAAAUCACAUCAUACAAAUUGAGGUUGAUAUUUUUUCCCUCCAAAAAAACGGGAGCCAAGUUCUAACUGCCGCAAGACGCUCCGCCGUGUGGAAUUUUACGUCUUCGUAACUACUUAUUGCAAACUACUUACAACUACUAAUUGCAAAUUUCAAAAUGGGAUACGAAUAUAUUCAUAAUUUGAAUUCAUGGCAGUGUCAAACUUAAUAUGCUCUAGGGGGCAUAAUUACCACGAUUGUCCUCUUUGAAUACACCUCUGUGAGUUACAACUCAUGUAUGUUGAAUUCUGAAGUCUCUGUUGUUUUUGAUACUUACCUGUAUCAUUCAUUUCAACUUCAAGAAUUCAGUUAGAAUUCAUUAUGGCCCUUAUUUCCAUAUUACAAAAUUGACCUAAAUAGAAUUACUUGAACUGCAGUAUAUGUUCUUGUCUCAAACUUGAUAGUUUUUUAUCUGGCCGGACUGUAUAAUUAUGAAAGAUUUUAUAAAAUCUCACUAUUGCUUUCUGUUUGCUUUAUCCGUAACGGUCGAUGUGGCAACGUUUCACCAGAGAAUUUAAAAAUAAAAUUAAAGUUUUGGUCUACUGCGCCGAAGGGAAGCAAAGAUCAUAAAAAACGAGAAGAAGAAAAUUAAAGUUUAUUCAGAUGAAAUAUUUUCCAAAUAUCACUUUUUGUGUGGAAUAAUACCUAUCAUAUGAGUCAUACGUUGAUGAGAAGCCACUUUUUUUGUAUAUUUCUUGCCUGUUAGUGAAAACAUUUUGUGAAUCCCAGUAAAACUACAAGCUAUGCAACAAAAGUUUCAUAACACAAUACGGGUAUUAUUUCCAGCUGGUCGAAUGUGGGAAGAGACUGUAGAAUUGUUUCUUUCUCUCUCUCUCACUCUCGCCAUCUUUCAACGAACGCGCAAUCAGUGGACAGAACCAUAUCGAAAUUUUAAAAGCUCUUCCUACAUUUGACAAGCUGCAUUUUAUAUAAUUUGAAAAGUUUCAGCAAUGUCACAGCUGAACGAAUCCAAUUCCUUCUUUCCAUCCACUCCACUUAAGAAAUUUGAAUUCACAAAACUCAAUGUGAAAAAUAGUGCCAUCGGAACGUUUCGAGAUAGAAUGAUGUGUGCGACAUGUUUGUAGUUCGGCCUGAAGUUUAUCCCCACUAGGACAGAACAACAGGAAAUUUAUUUCGAAAGCCCACGGUAUAGCUGAAAAACUGUAACUAGAUGUUCCCCCUACCAGAAUGGUGGAUUAACUGGAGUGUAUCUACUUCAUAGCGUCGAUUUUUUCUCUUCGUUCUUGUUUUACCAAGCUUCAAACCACUGACAUAAUGAUAAAUAUGGACUGGCCACUGAAGAGAGAAGAAGAUGACUCCAACAAAUAAAAAAAGAUGAAGAUACGCGUCCUGGCAUUCACGUCACUCAUACACUCAGAUUCAACGUCAUGAUGUUUUACGUGUUGCAUAUUUCCAUGUGGAAAUUUUUAGAUUUUAUUUGUUACAUAAUGAUGUGGCGCAGUGGUCAAGACGUUAUGCCAUCUGUAGGUGGAAUAUAUGUAAAAGUGACGUAAUGGCCUGUCCAUAUAUUAUCAUUAUCAUGUCUAUGCCUUAAAUGUAGUGUUAGAUAUCCCACAAACAAUGUUACAGAAAUGUCUUCUCAACAAUCGAAAUAUCACGAUUGUUGAGAAGACAUUUCAGUCUUACAAAUUGUAUCGAUUUUUCUGAGACUACUAGAAUCCAAACAUUAUUUUUGAAACAUAAUAUUGGGAUUUUAGGCAAAAAUUCGUAUAUAUGAAGUGCCAAGUUGACAAAAACGUUAUUAAAAAGCUCUGUAGAGCAGUUCUUGGUUCAGAUACGACCUCUGUCGGACAUUUCAAAACUACUUCAGAUGGUUAAACAAAAGCAAUUUUCUAUCAGCUAUUUUCACAUAUAGUUGUGAUGUCUUGUGCUUCCUUCGAGCGAGUAUAAUUUAUUUCCAGCCUUCAUCAGUUUCUCAUAUCAAAAAUAAUUGCACCAAAACAACGCCCAUAGAAAGUUAGAAGCUCAUAAGUACGAUUUUAGUGUAUCCUGGAAUUUAUAGUACCUACUCUGACCACCAGAGAGUGAAGACAGAAUAUAUGUUUAAAAAAAUCUAUUUGAAAUCUGUUUUUCCGUUAAUCAGUAUAAUGUCAGUAUUUAAUGUAGUUACCAACAAAAUUGGGUAGCAGUCAAUGACAACCAGUCAGCCUUUUGAUUUAAUUUAAUUUUAGCAUACAUACGAACUAUUAAUGAUCCGGAUGACUGGUUGUCAGCGAUCCUUUUGGCUGAUUGCUACCCGAACCUGUUGGUAAUCACAUUAAAUAUCGACACCGUGUUGCCAUCGCCCUCUGAUGGCAAGGGUGGAUACUAUAAAUUUCAGGAAACACUAAAAUCGUCUUUGUAAGCUUAUUCUUCUGAUUUGUAUCAUCUCCAAUUCAACAUUAAUUAAUUCCAUUACAUAUUGAUAGAUGGCGGUAUUAUUCAUAUUGAGUUAAACAUGGAUGGCUGGGGGAGAAUCUAACAAUGAGGUUGUGAUCUGUACGACGGGAAAUUUUUCUAUUCAAAUGUGAGAUUUUACUCGAGAUGAUUUCAUGAAACAGGAAUGCAGAAUGGAGAACUUUUCUAUUAUUUGACGCUUCCGUAUGCUAUGAAGGAGUCGCAAGCAGGAAUUCUGAGCUUUUUGAAUUUUGCUUUAUAUUGACUGAUCAAACUUGGAUCAUAAGGUAUGAAUGGAUGAAAUUAGAGAGGAUUAAAGCCCUACAUAACAUCAUCCUAAACUUCAAUGAAAGAAAAUUUCUUUAAAAUGAAAACUUCAAAAGUACAUUUCCCAAAAUGGAAGCAUCACCACCAAUUUCCAAUGUAUAUCAAAAAAUGUCAAACCAACUAUCAUAAUAUUGAAAAAAUGAAGACUCUGAGAAUAGGACUUUUGUGAAACUUUAAAAAAUAUUCCUUAUAUAUUCCUCCACUAGAAAAUGAAAAAUAUUCUAGAAAGAACGGUUAAUCCACCACGCUGCUGACAAUUUUCCCGCCCAAAAUGCAUCACAGAGAUUUAUUGCCUUCAGACUGUUUCCAUCAAUUUCGAUUAAAAAUUAAUUACCUUUUUUGUUCGGAGUCUGCCAAGCUCUUUCAGAGUGGUGGGGCAUUUCUGUAAUAAAUCACGCGGAUGCUAUACGUGCUGAUGUAAAACAUUAGAUUUUUUUUGGGGAACACGGAAACCAGAAGAACUCAUUUUUUUUGACGAAAGAUUUAUUUCCAACAUCAGCUUAUAAUUAACGGUGAGAUAUUUCGUUGGAGAUGAGUUUGUAGUGGGGAAUGCGCCAGAAUUUUCGUCCACGAUGGGGAUUGAAAGAAUGAAGUUUGUAUAUUGAUUUGUAAAACGUACUUUUCUAUAAUAAUCAUUGAAAAAUUUAUGACUUAGAGUUGAAGGCUGUAAACAUUUCCAAGAUGCAUUUUAUUGACGUUAGUAUAAUCAAUUCUAGACUUUAAGAAUCGUACUGCUCUUAUGAAUAAAUGUUCGAAACAAAUCUUUUUUUUUUGUAAAGUACAGCUGCUUCAAAUAACUGAGUGCUAUUUUCGAUGGAUAUAGGGGGGUCUAAAACUGUUCAGAAAUAAGGAGCCACUUUUCAGAAUAACCAACACCAAAGUAUCGCCCUGUAUUUAUCUUCUAUAAUGAGCGCUCUGCUGCCAAAAUGAAAUGAAAUUUGACUUUUCAAUUGACAACAUGUAAUUUCGGAGGACCUCUUUCAGAUUGUAUUAGAUAAAAAAAACAUUUUUCUUUUUCUGGAUUCAAAAUAAUAUCUGCUAUACGAAAAAUUGCAUUUUCGAAAAAUCACCGUUCUGAAAGAAGUAUCUCAGAUUGUUUUUCCAAGAUGUAUUUUUAUAAAUUGUUAUAUGUACGUGAGAUGUUAGAUAUUUUACUUACGUGUUACAGGGUGAGUCUAUAAGAUAAUACGGAAAAUAUUCCGGAAUUCAGUUUCCUAGUAUAUAUCCGCCCUGUAUAACUUAUGGGGUAUAAUAUAAAUGUUAAAAGGAUAUCUGUAUAUAUUUGUGUACUUCGGUUUUUUGUUACUUAAAAAAGAAUAUAAAUAUACCGACUAAAAAUCUCGAUGUAUUGAAGUUUGAAACUGAAAAAAUAAUUUCGCUUAGAAGUUUCUGGUUCUUCCCAAAUAGUUUAAAAUGGCCAUCGAAUUAUAUAAUGAUUAGCUCGAUGUUGACUAUGAAGUUAUUCUUGUAUAGAUUAGAUAGAAUACGAGUAAUAACAUUGUUUUCAAUAUAAUUGUUUUUUACUUUUUAGGAAACACAAUUUUCUAUUCUAUAGUUAUGUAUUAUUAUUAUUGUUAUAUGGAAAGCGAACUUAUGAUCGUGGAGAUAUGUUGGAUGAUUUUCAGCCAGUUGGAAAUAAAUAUUGUUAUGUCCC